CCCAACUCAACGGUGAACGGCCCCAGCAGCAGCAGCAGCCGCAGCCUGUGGCUGUCAAUCUCUUUUUGAUUGAGAGUUCCAAACACAAACACUUCUCCUCUCCCCCAUCCAGAGUCCAGAGUCCAGAGGGUCCAGUCCAAACCCUUUCUGUUCUGCCUUGUGCCCUUCUCUCCUCUUUUUCCAGUUCCCCCCCCCCUCCCUGUCCUUUCAAGUUUCAACUCAGACGCGACACACCACCCAUUUUUAUCUAUUUCUUUACAUUUUUUUCUUUUAUUUGUUUUUAUUAUUAUUAUUACGUCGGAAAGUAAAAUUUCGUAAACUUCCAGUCUACUGCCUUUUACCGCAGUAAAUAACCCGGUACCCCUGCGGCUUAGUUUUUUGUUUAUGUGAUACAAGGUACCGGCUAUAGACGGUGAACUGCUGCUGUAGUAACCGGCAAAGUGAGGGUUUUGGUGUAGACACUCACACUAGAGAGAGAAAGAGAGAGACAGCUCCCAGGAACGGAAAGUAUAUGAAAGCCUUUGAAGGAAGACAUCUCUUUUUUGCAGGCGGGGAAUUGAUGACCACACUCUCCCCCUCUUAUCUUCUUCCCCUUUCUGGCUCUGAAGAAGAAAAACCCUCUUAAAAAAAAUAUAUCAUAGGGAAAAUACAGUCUUCCACCGCCGGAGGUGGAGGUGGAUCAGCUCGGCUACUACCUAAUAAAAAGCUUUUUCUCCUUUUAUUUGUUUUGGUCCUAUCUUAUAUAAGGAGAAGCUAGAAACGGAACAAGUUUGUCGAAGAAGAAGGGAAAAGGAGCAUGGAAUUCGACGAUCACGAAGAGCAAGAUGAAGAGAUGGGGAUACCAGUGUCUGCGACUUACGAUUCGCUCGGUAACUCGGCCAGAGCCAAAAUGGCGAGUGCAGCUGGUGAUGCAGCUUCCUCUGGUAGGAGGACCGUGAGCAGGUACAGGGAGUGCCUAAAGAACCAUGCCGUGGGAAUCGGAGGCCACGCCGUCGAUGGAUGUGGAGAGUUCAUGGCCGCCGGAGAGGAAGGCACGCUUGACGCCCUAAAAUGCGCCGCCUGCAACUGCCAUCGGAACUUCCACCGCAAGGAGACGGAGGGGGAUGCCUACCACCACCAAUUCUCCCCCUACUAUCGUACACCGGCGGGGUACCUCCACGUGGCGCCGCACCAUCGUCCGCUGGCUCUGCCGUCGACCUCGGGAGGUGGGGCGCACAGCCGGGAGGACCAGGAGGACGUGUCGAACCCUAGCGGCGGUGGAGGAGUUUCGAAGAAGCGUUUCAGGACAAAGUUCACACAGGAGCAGAAAGACAAGAUGCUGGCGUUCGCGGAGAGGCUUGGGUGGAGGAUUCAGAAGCACGACGAGGCCGCCGUGCAGCAGUUUUGUACGGAGACUUGUGUGAAGAGGCACGUGCUUAAGGUUUGGAUGCACAACAACAAGCAUACUCUUGCAUCACCAUCUACCGCUGCUACUUAGCUUCUUCUAGUUUCUCGUCACUCACCACUCCCAACUCCCAACUAGUACAAGGACAAGGGCAAGCUCUUUCCACGCGGAACGGAACAACAACAGCGACAACAACUUCACCAUGGCGAACAAGAACAACGGGGAUCAAAUGGGGGAAUUUCGUUGAGAAUUCUCUCCCUUUCUCCCUCGAGAUGAUGUUAGUUAGGUUUCUUCUUUUCUUUUUGUAUCUUGUCUUUUUUUUUUCUUCUUUUUAGAUAAUCCCAUCUCUCCUGCUGGUGUUUAGAUUGGAUCACUUCUUGUUUCUUAGUGCAUUAUUGUUGAUGGGCCAUUGCUCAAACCAAUGCCAUCCCCCAUUCCUCCUUCUCCUUCUUCUCUAGCUAACACUCUUAACUGCAAGUGCUGUUUUAUUGGGCCGACGGGAAGCUCAGUCUAACUACUAUAUGGUACAAGGCUUUGGUUCAUCAUGUUCAGGCAGCGAAACAUAGACCGAGUAAGAAUUCUGUUAAGUUUUAAUGUUUUUUAAUUUCUCUACAUUAACUGCUACUGUUUUCCUCUC